UAUUUUCAAUUUCUGAUAACAAAUUAUGAACCGUUAACUCGCUUUUCAGGAACGUGGCAGUUAUGUCCUAGCGUUAUCAAGAACAGGCAUGGAACGAGCGUUUUGUUCAAGUUAUAAUCAUGUUCAACUUUUAAGGGCGCAGGUAGGAAGCCCUUGAUAGUAUUACUGUAAGAAUGGCCAUAUUUAUAAUAAAGUGCGGAUGAAUUUAUGCAAAGGAAAAACAGUUCAUCUGAUAAUAUAUACACAGACAACUUACCAGAGUCAUAAUCAGACGAAUUAUAUAUUUUCUUUGUCUAAGUUUGUCUGGGCGAAUCAUCUGUCGUUAUUGUGUUUAUCUAUACGAUGGAUCAUCUCUGUCAGAUUGAUAUGAUUCCCCCUAUCAUGACAUAUAAUCAGUUUCUAGUAAAAUCAUUCCAGUCAAUAUUUCAAUUUUCUAGGGAGUUUCCACUGUCGGCUCAUACGAACCAAUCGAAGUGUCGGAAUACGGUAACGACGAACUACUACAAUGUUUAAAAUAUUACAACCACAAAGGAUUAUUUUCGAGAGGUUGGCUUGAAUUUUUCUUUAUUCUGCAUGUUUUGAAAUUCUGCUUUGUUGCAACCGAAAUAGAUUGAAAACACUUUGCUGUUUUGUGAAAUGCAAAUCAACGUACGUAACUUGCUAUCCUGGUAGAUCUUUGCGACUCCACUAAUAUAUUUUGACUCUUUUUAGAUUUCAAUCAUCAGCAAACCUUUCAAGAAAUUGCAUAUUUAACAGAUCGUCGGCCAUUGUUGGUUCAGAAAAUGUGCUUGCCGUUUUAAGAAAACAACGACUAUAGUCUAUAUCAAGGUACAGACUACCUAUAUGCACAUAUGCGCAGUAGUCUUUGAAAUAUGCACUUUCAUAUUGUCUUUGCUUAAUCGCCAGCAAACGAAGUUUACAAUUUGGCACCCAAGGCAUUCAAGAAUGUUGCUGCCUUUUUGACUUUGUAUACAGCAACUGCCAGUGUUACAUGUCUUACAGACUCACAUGCAGUUUCUAUUUAUAGUGUAGAUAUAAAAUGGCUUAAUUUAGCCAAAUAAUGAGUGAUUUAAAAGAAUCAUCAAUACAAGACGUAUAUCAAUGAUUAGAAUGGUAUUAUUAAUGAUUAGAAUGAUACUAUCAAGAUCGUAUGGGGGUUAUUAUUCACAUUGCAUUGGUUAUUAUUCAAAACUUUCAAAGCAACUGAUAUCUUUAGUGACUGGAUUGAUUGUAUACAUUCAUGUUGUAUGAGAUGUUUAAUUCAAAGUUCAAACCAUGCACAUUUGAAACUUUUAUGCAUGCAUGGUUAUUUCAAGUAUCAGGUGACAUCUCAAGAUUACUGAGGGCCAAUACAAAUGAGAAAUAAAAACAGUGCAAUUAUUCAUUAAAAUCCCCAUUUGUCGUUACUGUAUAUAUCUCAGAAUUCCUGAAGAUGUGCUGAGAUAUCGCGCUCUCACCUCGGGCACUUCAUGAUCUUCGGGGAUUUUCGGCGAUGAAGUUGUACUGAUGUUGUAAGCAGAUAUUCUCACUGGUAACCGGUCGUUUCGCCAACAAGUCGUUUCGCGAACUGUCAGUUCGCCAACGUCUCAGGUCUAUUCGCCAACGGUCGUCCACGUUCUUAUGUCAGUUCGCCAACGCAACGUAUGGAUUGUAAAAUAAACAAUCCAUGGUUUACAAUUAUUUUACAAUAUAACCAUGGUUAUUUAAUAGUUCACGUCUUUAUAAUGUGAAACCAUGAAACGCAAACAAUGUUUGUAGAAAAUAUGUUGGAACGUUGGUGAUCAAAAGCGUCACUAGCUCUAUUGUGAAAUUUUGUUAAUGAAGAGUAUGGCUAAUCUUCGUAAUUCGUAUUGUUUGACUCUCAGUUUGAAAACUUUUCAGUUGUGUUUACUUGAAUGGUAUAUCAUAUGCAUAAGAACUUUCGCAUUUCGUGAGUUUAAGCCCUUGUUUAGCGUCCGCUGAUUAAAUCUGUUUUAGACCGUCUAAACAUAAAUGUCUGGAGAAUUUGCUAUUUCGGUUAUUUUCUACAAACAUUAAUAGAUUUAUAUAUCCAUGCAUGUCUCAUAUAUAUGUAACGUUUGCGAACUGACAUAAGAACGUGGACGAACGUUGGCGAAUCGACCUGAGACGUUGGCGAACUGACAGUUGGCGAAACGACUCGUUGGCGAAACGACCGCAAUUCGUGAAUAUAAUAAUAAUACUUGAAUAGCAAAUACGUCUUAGAGCAUGUGAUCAUUUUAACGUGAAUAUAUAUUAUGUAAAGUCUAUGUUGGGUUUUACCUCAGUAUCACCACAAACAAUAAGCUUGGGAAAUCACCACUGUUGACAAAACAAACGCGCUAUUCGCGUUUAUUUAAAACGCGCUAUUAUCCCAUAGAAAUAAUAGAUAUAGAAUGCGUACUCCUAUCUUUUCUCAGUGAAAAAUUUGUCUCUACAAAAUGGCGGAUUUAGAAGGGCAUUUUGGUUCCCAGACUCCCAGGCGGCAGGGAAUUUCAGUGGGAAUUUCGCGCGGUUGCAGAGAGUGCAAAUUGUUUUUUCAAAUGCAAAGUUUGCAAAAAAUUUUAUAUCGAGACUUAAAAUGGAAAAAAAAGUGAAAAAAGUGUCUAAAAACCCAUUCUAGUGGGCUUUUUUACGAAAAGCAACAGUUCUGAACAGAAUAUAUACAGAAAUCAUCGUUUAAAAAUAAAUUUUCAACGUUGUUGUGCAAGCCAAAACAAAACCCG